AUGUCUAUAUUGAAAUGGCUUGGCUUCUGCCUGACUAUUUUCUGCAUUGACAUAUCCGAGUCGUGUAAGUGGACGACGUUCAAGUUGUCGUACCUGAACAAGAAAUGCAUGGCUCAUCUUUGGGAUAUCAGCGACUUCCAUGGGGCGUGUGUAGAAGAGGUUGUCGAUGGCAUUUUUUUAAAGGGUUUUUACAAUAACACCAAGAGCGAGGACGUCGCUGUCGUUGCCUUAAAGACUUUCGGAUAUGUGGAACAAUUAUUUGACAGCAAGUUGACUCCUAGCACCUGGAACAAUGGAACAUUCCACUUGUUCAAAAAUUGCAUAUUUCGUCAAAUUCAGGGAUUACAGGAAUGCGUGGGAGGUGCGGAAUCAUCUGGAGAUGGAAGGUCUGACACUGGAGUAAACGUGUCUCUUACUAAAGCAUAUUUCGAAAAGCUGAACACGGUCUUAAAAGAGAAGGGACACAGCACAUGCGCAUGGGAAGUCGUGAGAAUGGCCCUUCACGACAACCUGAAGCAGUUCAGGAGCUUCCUGGAACUGAUCCUCAAAAGGAAGUAG